AUGCGAUACGCAACUUUAGUGGCUGAUUCCUGCUUUUGUUUGCUGUAAUGUUGCUCUAAGAGAUCUUGAAGUGACUUCUCAUUUUCCGAUUCUCCCGGCAGCCCCCAAAAAAGGAUCGUUUCUAAAAGCUUCAUGUCAGGCGACCUCAUUAUCUCCGGAGACUGCGGCGGCACCAACACGCGGCUGACGCUAUGGCUCAUUCCCAGGGGCUCUGUUGCCUUCACCGGCUCCGUCGCUCCCGGAGAGAUCACGUUCGCCAGAAAGUACCAUAACGAGGAUUACGGGAGCUUCUCGGAAGUCUGCCACCUCUUCAUGAAGGAGGCCCGGAUGCGGGACAGACUGCCUGUGGCUUGCGUGCUCGCUUGCGCCGGUCCGAUCCUAAACAACACCGUCGAAUUCACCAACAUCAAACAUGGUUGGAAGAUCGACGGUCCUGGGCUGGAGAAAGAGCUGGGAAUCACCACUGUAAAGCUCAUUAACGACUUUGCCGCUAUGGGUUACGGUCUCCUCACCCUAAAGCCUCAUGAGUACAUUGUACUCAACGAAGCUGAAAAAGAAGAGGGGAUGCCUAUUGCCACAAUCGGAGCUGGUACUGGACUGGGAGAGUGUUACCUCACAGCCGAUAAAGACGGCAACUACUCGUGCUUCGCGUGUGAAGGCGGCCACACGGAUUUCGCCCCGGCCGAUGAGAUCGAAAUCGAGCUGUACAAUUCCAUUAAAGAGGAAUUGGGCUGCAAUCGACGCUUUUCAGUCGAACGCAUCGUCAGUGGCCCGGGGUUGGCCAAUAUUUACCGGUUCUUGGCCAAAAAAUUCCCCGAUAAAGUGGAUAAAAAAGUACACGAGGCCUUCGUGCGUGCCAAGGCGCUACAGGGCAAGAUCGUGGGCGAUAAUGCCAAGACGAACGAACUGUGCAACCAAGCCAUGGAGAUCUUCGUCGAUGCGUAUGGUCGCGAAGCUGGAUGUGCCAUGCUGAAAUAUCUGCCACGUGGUGGAUUUUACAUCACGGGUGGGCUAGCGCCGAAGAAUCUGGAUUAUUUCACGCAGAAGGAUAUUUUCCUUAAGGCGUGUUUUAACAAAGGUCGAGUGAGUCCGGCCUUGAAGGCCAUCCCGAUCUACCUCGUACUCACGGAAGAUCUGGGCGAGCGUGGGGCGCACUACUACGCGUAUCAAUUGCUGCAAACGUACAACAACAGCUUGUUGGGCAACAUCAUCCAGCGUGAACGUGUGCAGCGGAAGUUCGCGACGAUGGACCACUUGGCGCUCUACUCGACUAUCGGGGCUGUGGGGGUGGCUGCGGGUGUCGUGCUCGGAAAUUUACUGCGAAAGUAAAAUACCCAAUGUCAAGUUUUGCAAUGCAUUUAGCAAAACUUUGAGGGUAUUGAAAAAGUUGAGAAAAAUAUUCCUUUUUCAUUAAGAAAGAAUCUGAAAAGGUUUUUUUUAGUCGCGUU